AUGGCGGAAGCGGUUCUUUCCGGCCUUGCCACUUCCAUACUCAAUAGCCUCGCCGCUGAAAUAGCAAAACCCGGAGGCUCCUUAGCUUCCCAGAAGAUCCGGUUGCUCUGCGGUGCCAAGGACGAGCUCCAAAGCCUUAGAGAGCACCGUCCAGUCAAGCUCUGGCUCAAGAGGCUCAAGGACGUGCUGUACGACGUACAGGACUUGCUCGACGAUGUUGCAACUGAAGAUCUGAGGCGAAAGGUCACUUCCGGCAACAAGACCUGGAAAGAGUUAGAUCCACAUCUGAGUGGGCCAACUGUUGCUAUUGAGAGGAGGAGGACAACUCACUCUUUUGUGCGCGAGGAAGAAAUAAUUGGUAGAGAAGAGGAUAAGAAGGAGAUCAUCGCGCAUUUGCUUGAUUCUUCCUCUGGAGAGAGAGUUUCGGUUGUUUCGAUCGUGGGUAUAGGCGGGCUUGGAAAAACCACUCUUGCUCGGCUCGUUUACAACGAUGACAAGGUUAAAGACUGUUUCAAGCCUAAGCUGUGGGCGUGUCAUGGGGAUCCUAACAACUUUGAUGAGUAUGUGAUCAUCAAAGAAAUACUGAAAUCUGCCCAGCAUGAGUGUCAAGGGGAUCCUGAGAUGAUGAGAGAUCUGCAAGACAUUGAGAAUAAAUCGAAGGACCGGUUGCAGCAGCUCCUUCGUAAGGUACUGGACGGGAAGAAGUACUUGCUUGUUCUGGAUGACUUGUGGAACGAAGAUCACCACGCAUGGUUGCCCCUCCAAUCUCUGCUCAUGGGUGGUUCAUGGGGGAGCAAGAUACUCGUCACCACUCGCAAUCGGGCGGUCGUGCGUGCUACAAAUGUGAAAUCAGUUGUUCGUGCUCUACCUGGCUUAUCUGAAGAUAAGUCAUGGGACUUAUUCAAGAAAAUAGCUUUGGUAGAUGGGGAAGAAACAUUAAACCCGAGCCUGAAGGAGAAAUGUCGAGACAUGGUCAAAAAAUGCGCUGGUGUUCCUCUUGCCAUCAGAACUAUAGGCAGCCUUUUAUACGAAACAGAGGAAAAUAAGUGGGACGGUCUCAUUGACCGUGAACUUUCAGAAAUAGAUACGUCGGAACGUGGAAUUAUGGAAGCCCUUAAGGUCAGCUACUAUCAUCUUCCGUCGGCAUUAAAGCAUUGUUUUGCAUAUUGUGCGUUGUUUCCGAAAGAUCACGUCUUCGAUAAAGAGACGCUGAUACAGCUUUGGAUGGCACAAGGAUUUAUUGAAUCAUUACACAAGAACGAGGACCCAGAAAGGGCUGGGGAUCGAUACGUCUUGCACCUACUUUGGAGGUCAUUCCUUGAGGUUGAAGAAGUCGAUGAUUCCACAAAUGAGGUGAAAAUGUUCAAGAUGCAUGAUCUCAUGCACGAUCUUGCCUCAAAAGUCGCAGGAGAUGAGUGCAAGAUGAUUAAUCACAAUGAGGGCGGCAUAGAUAGAGAAACUCGACAUGUAUCAUUUACUUUCCAGUCCUCCUUGCUUCAAAAUAUGACCACUCGACUUGAGGCAGCAAAUCUACGAACGUUCCUCACAUUGACGAACAAGAGAACAUAUGGACAGGAGGUGUCCCCAAUUGAAUGUGAGGGGAUUUUCACCAAGAUUAGGCGUUGUCGAACUUUGGCUUUGCUCGGUCCAGAUUUUUGUAUCCCUUCUUCCUUGGGGAGUCGGUUGAAGCACUUAAGAUUUCUUGAUAUUUCCGAAAACUGGUCCAUUAAGAGCUUGCCCGAUUCAAUCACGGAUUUGCUGAACUUGCAGACCCUUAAACUCUCUGGUUGCAGAAAUCUUACAACACUUCCAAAAGAUUUGAAGAAAUUGGUCAAUCUUAGACACCUCUUAAUUGAUGGGUGUGACUCAUUGACGCACAUGCCAUGCGGGUUGAAUCACCUGUCUUCUCUUCAGACUUUAUCCAAAUUCGUGGUACAAAAGAUGGGCCAUAGAGUACCUGGAGGUGUGGGGAGAGUAGAUGAACUGGAUGUGUUAAACAAAUUGGCGGGAUCCAUUAGUCUUGAAAAAUUGGAGUUCCUUCAACCAGCACCGAACAAAGGUCACUUGGGGAAAAAGAAGGUCUCCGUUCGUUGGUGUUGA